AUGGAUGAGAGAACGAAAAUAGUUGACGUGUGGGCAAAUAAUUUAGAAGAGGAGUUUGAAAGAAUACGAGAUAUUGUUGAAAAACAUCCUUAUGUUGCAAUCGAUACAGAAUUUCCAGGUAUAGUAGCACGGCCCACGGGAAAUGUCUUAGAUUAUAAUUAUCAGACCAUAAAAUGUAAUGUAGAUUUAUUAAAAGUUAUUCAGUUAGGUGUAACCUUUUCCAAUGGGAAAGGUGAGAUGCCGAAUGUUUCGACAUGGCAAUUUAAUUUUAAGUUUGAUUUAGAUAGUGAUAUGUAUGCACAAAAUUCUAUAGAUUUUUUAAAAUUAAGUGGAAUAAAUUUUGAAAAACAUCAAUCAUUAGGUAUAGAAUUAUUACACUUUGGAGAAGUUAUUAUGUCAUCUGGUUUAGUUAUGAAUGAAGAUGUAAAAUGGAUAUCAUUUCAUGGUUGUUAUGAUUUUGCUUAUUUAUUAAAAAUAUUGACAUGUUCAGCUUUACCUCACAAUGAAGCAGCAUUUUUUGAAUUACUAAACGAUUUUUUUCCAUCAUUAUAUGACAUCAAAUAUUUAUUAUUAAAUUUAAAUAUCAAACAAUUAAGUAGAACUUUCUCCCUGCAAAAAAUUAGUGAAAUCUUAAGUGUUAAAAGAAUAGGAAGACAACACCAAGCGGGUUCAGAUUCAUUAGUAACUUGUAAAACAUUUUUUAAAUUGAUGGAAAUGUAUUUUGAUAACAAAAUUGAUGAUAAAAAAUAUUCAGGUAUUAUAUAUGGAUUAGGUUCAACAAUUAAAAAUUAUAACCCUAAAUUAGAUGAUCAUAAUAAUAAUAGAUAUCACAACCAUCACAAUAAUUAUAAUAAUCACAAUUAUGUAAAAAAUAGUAACAAUAAUAAUAAUAAUAACAAAUAUAAUAAUAAUAGUAACAAUAGUAACAAUAGUAACAAUAAUAACAAUAAUAAUAACAAUAAUAAUAACAAUAAUAAUAACAGUAGUAACAAUAAUAAUAAUAGUAACAAUAAUAACAAUAAUAAUAGUAUUAAUAGUCAUCAUAGUCACAAUAAUAAUAAUAUGCUCAUGAAUGCACCAAAUAAUAAUCCAAUGAGUAAUUAUAUUGAUGCAAAAGAAUAUCAUCCAACUGGGUUUAACAAAGAGAUUCCAAAAUUACAUAAUAAAAAUGAUGUGAUGUUUCAUAUGUAUGCAGAUAACAAUCAAAAUAGCUAUAAUAACAUUUCUUCAAAUAUCAAUAAUAUACACGGUACUAAUAAUUAUAUAACAAAUGCUAUAUAUAGUAGUGAUACAGUGAAUAAUUAUGUCCUUAAUAAAUUUGUAAAUAACUCACCACCUUCUCCAUCUUCUUCCCUUUCAUCACCACCACAUCCACCUCAUCUUCCACACCCACCACAAUUAUUAAAUAAUACAGUUAAUAAAAAUGUGAGAUUAUCAUUAAAUACGAGUUCAUAUAUGAAUAGUAAAAGCACCGAUCCAAUAGGUAUCAACAACCACAACAAUAAUAAUAAUUUAAGUAGUUCCAGUAGAAGUUAUAUGGCAUCAUACCCUAGUAGUGGAAUUAAAAACAGCUUGGAUACAUCAAAAAUUAUGGGACCUAUAUAUAAUGAUAUUCCAAGAAAUAUAACAGGUAAUUUGAAUAGCGAUUUAAAUAAUAUUGCCAACGAAAAUAUGAUGAAUAUAAAUGGUCUAACAAAUGGUAAUAAUUUAUCACCCACUUUAAGUGCAAAUAAUGGUAUAAUGAGUCCCAGUUUGUCGAAUGCAAAUAAUGGCUUAUUGAAUUUAAACAACACAAACUUAAACAAUAGUAUAAAUAACACUAUAAAUGGUUCUUUAAUUUUGGGAGGGAUGAAUAAUAAUGGGCAUACGAAUAAUAAUAUUAAUAAUAAUCAUAAUAAUAAUGGUAAUGCUAUAAAUAUGAAUAUGAAUGGUAUGGGUAUAAUGAACAGCAGUAUGAAUAUCAGUGGGUUAAGUACUAAUUUGAACAUGAAUAAUUUAUAUGGGGAUAUCAGAAGUUUGGGUGGUAGCACAUCGAAUAUAAAUUUGAACAAUAUAAAUAGUAUGAAUGAAUUAAAUAAUCUAAAGAGCGGUAGUAUAAGUAAUAUAAGUAAUUGUGAUGAAAAUAUGAUAGGUUUAAAUAAAAAUAUUUAUUCAACAAACAAUGGUCCUUUGAUUGGAAAUAUGAUAAAUAAUAAUGUAUAUAACGCAAAUAUAAAUUAUAAUAAUUACAAUUAUAAUAGCAUCAACACUAAUAAUAGUAGUAAUAAUUCAUUUUUAAAUAGUGUGAAUUAUAAUACGGCUUAUGCCCAUGGAAACAAUCCAUCAAUAUCACCCGGGGGAAAUAAUAAUAUGAGUACAAAUAAUUAUUAUUCAAUUCAAAAUAAAUAUAGCAAUUUUGGUAAAUAUUCAUCAAACCUUAAUUAUGUGAAUCCAUUAUCACAAAGUAUAAAUGAAGUUAAGUCAAUGGCUGGUGAAGAUUAUUGUGAUAUAGAUAAAAGAAGUAUAGAUAAUUUAGGUAGUAGUAAAAAUUCAUUUGCAAAUAAUAAAAAUCUUCUUGGAAAAAUAAAUAAUAAUAAUAAUAAUAAUAUUAUUAGUAGUAGUAGUAGUACGUCGCAUCAUAUUAAUUUUAAAAAUACCAUAUCGAAUAAUAAUUCAAACAUAAACAAUAAUAAUCUUAAUAUUAAUAGUACUACUAGUGUUCAUCCUAUGAAUAAUCCAAAUAUGAAUGACACGAACAAUUUGAAUAUCAAGAGAAAUAUGAAAAAUGAAUCAUUUAUAAGUGACCUGUCAACAAAUAAAAAUGAAUUAAAUAAUAUGGGAGAUCACGUUGGUAUGGAGAACUUAAAUAUGUUAGUACAAAAUAUGAAUAUCAAAAGAGAUGAAAAAUAUAAAGAUGAAAAAAUAAAUAACAAUAAUAAUAUGAGUAAAAAUAUGAUGUUAAAUUUGAAUAAUAAUUCAUCUAUUUCAAAUGUAAACAAUUUAAAUAAUAUGAUGAAUAGUAAUAAUGAUUUGAUAAAGAAUAAUAAUACAACAUAUAUGAAAAAUAUCAAUAUGUCUAUAUCAAAUAUUAAUAAUGGAGUCACUAAUACUGUUUUAAAUACUGACCUAAAGGUAUCUUCGAAUUUGAAUCAAAACGGUAUAAAUGUAACGAAUUCGACAACAUAUAUAAGUGCUAAUAGCCUUGAUAAUAAUAAUAAUAAUAAUAAUUUGAAUAGUGGUAAUAAUAUUAAUGAUCAUGGGAAUAAUUCAGGUAAGGGUAUAAAUCAUACAAAUCCAACCAUUAUAAACAAUGAUAAUAAAAUUAAUGUAGCUAGUCAUAAUAAAGGUAAUACUUCUAUUGAUGGAAAUUGGAUUAAUGGACCAAUAAAUAAUACAAAUAGUAGUAAUAAAUAUAGUGAAGGAAAAGAUAAAGAUGCUAAUACUGAAGAUAAUAAAAUAGGUUACAAAGCAAAUGACAACAAUAACAACAGUAGCAAUAACAAUAGGAAUAAUAAUGGAAAAGUUCUAAGCAAUAAUAAAAACUCAAAUAAAGGUAAUAAUAAGAACAGCAAAAAUAAAAGUAAGAAUAAUAAUGACCCGAACAAGAAAGCAUCGGGUGAUAAUUUAAACGAACCUGAUUAUAAGGAAAAUAAUAUGAAUAAUAAUAAUAAUAAUAACAACAAUAAUAAUAACAAUAAUAAUAAUAAUAAUAACAAUAAUAAUAAUAAUAAUAACAAUAAUAAUAAUAGCAACAAUAAUAAUAGCAACAAUAAUAAUAGUAACAACAAUAAUAAUAGUAACAACAAUAAUAAUAAUAAUAAUAAUAAUAAUAAUAGUAACAAUAAUAAUAAUAAUAGUAACAACAAUAAUAAUAAUAAUAACAAUAAUAACAAUAAUAAUAAUAAUAGUAACAAUAAUAAUUACAAUAAUAGUAACAAUAAUAAUAAUAAUCAUAGUACCCUAAUUAGUAAUAAUGAUAAUACUAUUGUUAGUAAUAAUGACAAUGAAGAUAAUAGUAAUCAUACAACUAACAAUAAUGAACAGGAUAAAGAUGAUAAAAAUAAUAAUAUGAAAACUGAAGGUAAUCAUUCAAAAUUUUCCAAGCAACAUGGGAACAUGAAUACAAGAAACAAAAAUAAUGAUAAAAAUAAUUUUGUAAAUAAUAGUAACCUUGUGAAUUCUAAUGUCGAAGAUGUAAACAAUUUUAAUAAUAUAAUUAAUCAAAGAAAUCAUUGUAAUAAGAACUACAUAAAUUUUAUAAAAGAGGACCAACAAGAAGUAGAUCAAAAAGAAUUACAUGCAUCAAAUAUAUCCCAUAUGUUAAAUGAAGACAAUUCAAAUGAGAUUAUGGAUAAAAAUACAUCAUAUAAUAAUCCCUAUAAUAAUAAUGCUAAUUAUUACAAAUCAGAUAAUAUAAAAUUAUAUAGAGGUUUUGAAAAAAAUAGUUCUCAUCAAUUAAUAUUAAAAAACAAUUUCUCCAAUAAUAGUAAUAUGACAGAAAAUGAAGGAAUUAUUAUGCAUGAUAUGAAUAAAAUGAAUAAUCCUAAUAAUGCUGAUAUAUUAUUGGGUAAUGAAAAUUUACUAGGUAUUAAAAAUUUGAAUAAUUAUAUGAAUCCAAAUGUUCAUAAUACCGAAAGAAAUAAUGAACUCAACAACAAUAAUACCAAUAUGAUAACAAAUAAAAAAAAUGUGAACAGUUGUAAUAAUGAUAUGUUACAUAAACAAAUUAAUAAUUUUAAUAUUAUUAAUAUAAAUAAAGUACAUAAUAAUAUAUCCAAUUCUUUAUUUAGCAAUAAUAUGAGUAAUUAUAAUGUAGUAAGUGAAAAUGUGAACAUAAAUAAUAAUAGUAAUACAAAUAAUACAGCAAAUAAUAAUUUUAUGAAUAAAAAAAAUAGCAAAGCAAAUUUAAAUGUAUUUAAUCAAAGCUUAAUAAAUAACUUAAAUUUAAACCUAAAUAAUUUUUAUCUUAAUAAUGAAAAUUCAUUUAACAAAAUUAAUAUGAAUUAUAGUAAUAUUAAUAGUACCAGUUACUAUUUUAAUACCAAUGAUAAUAAUAUGAAUAAUACCCAGCAUUAUUACAGUUCAUUUAUACCUGAACAUUUUGCUACAGAUAAAAUAGUUACUAAACAAAGUUCUGAGAAUAAUAAUAAUAUUAAUAAUAGUAGUACAAUGUAUAAAGAAAAAAAGGAAGAACCGAAUCUAAACUUUAAGGAAAAAAAUUUUGUAGACAAAAACCUACCAACAGAAAAAUACCCAGGAGCCGUAUUGGAAACAGUUGAUAAUAAUUUUGGAUAUCCAAAUUAUGAGUACAAAACUAAGGACCAUAAAUAUUUUUAUGAUAACUAA